GGAGGGAGGGCGCGACGACAAGAAAGGGAGUCCCGACGUUGAAAGCACGCGGAGGCAGAGGCAGACGCGCUCGGGGCCUGGCGCAGACGUCGGGAAGCGAUGCAGACGGGAGCGUCCGCAUUGCUCCUCUCAUUGAUUUGUAUAUGAAAACAUAGGGCUUCUUUGGGCUCCCCCUCCCCUCCUCACCCCUCCCUCCCCUCCCCUCCCCUCCUCUCCCCCAUGCUCCCCCUUUCUGCUUCCCGUUGAGUGAUCAUCUGAUGAAGAGACUAGCAGCUCGCUGCUAUGCGGGCUUGCUAAUUCUCUCCCCCGCCGCCGCCGCCGCCGCCGGGCUGGAUCCUGCAGACCGCGCUCAGCCGGAACCCGGCGGGAAGAUGGAAGAGGACGACGGCGGCCUGAAGAAGCGCAAACACGACGAACGACGCGACAAGGCGGCGGCGGCGCACGACACCGCCGGCGAAAAGGUCAAACGGAAACGAGGGCGACCGCCCGCCGAGAAGCUCCCCCCGAAUCCGCCCGAGCUCACCCGGCAACUCAGCACCCUGGUCGACAUGGUGGUCAACUACAAGGACGGUUUGGGUCGACAGAUCAGCAAAGGCUUCGUGCAGCUCCCUUCCAGGAAGGAAGCCCCCGAGUACUACGAGCUGAUCCGGAAGCCCGUGGACUUCCGCCGGAUCAGGGAGCGAGUGCGAAACCACAAGUACCGAAGUGUGGGCGACCUGGAGAAGGACAUUUUCUUGUUGUGUCACAACGCUCAGACCUACAACCUGGAAGGAUCUCAGAUCUACGAGGACUCCAUCGUCAUCAAGUCGGUCUUCGAGAGCGCCCGGCUGAGAAUCGCGGUCCACGAGGAGCCCGAGGAGACGGUCGCCGGCGGCAACGGCCGCGCCGCCCGACACCCGGAAGGAGCGCUGGAUCACGAGGAGCGGAGUCGCAAUCUCACGGCCAACAGGACGCCUUUCUACCAAGACCGGGAUGCCGAGGAAAACGUCUCCAAGGAUGAAAGUUGAACGGUUGUCGGGAAGACUUGAAGUCCAUUUGUUUCUUCGUCAUUAUUCUUAACCAACACCCCCCCCCCCCCAAAAAACAACAACAACAACAACAACAACAACAACAACAACAACAACAACAAAAAACUCAACCGCAGAAGAAACGUGUCGAGAAGCCAAGCCUGAAAAGACCCAAGCCUGCCAUUGUGGUUCCGAGCGGGCAUUUUGGCCAUUUUUGAGGGUCUUUCAAAGACAGACUACUCGAGAUUUUCUUCGAUCGCUAUUAAAUAUCAAUCGCAAGUACAGCGGUACCUUGCCUUUUUGGGGCAUUUUUCCGAGUCACUUGAUCGAUAUGUUUGCUGCGUGUCGCUAGCCAAAAUUUGAGGUACCACCCAGUCAGCAAACCGACGUCGCCCCGAUGUCGCACGGAGACAAAUCGAAAACGACCAGCAUACGACAUCUGAACGAUUCAAGAUGGCGCGCGGGCAAAAAAAAAAAAAACUAGCAGUCACAUGACUUCAAUAUCUCACAUCAUCGUGUAAAUUUCAUCAUUUAAACCACGCGUCAAACCGACCGGCGCUAUUUUUUGGUGUUGACACACGGAUUUGUUUCGCGUGACAUCACCUGUUAGGCGGAACCGCACACGACAACCUAUCAUUAAUGUCGGGUUAAAACAGAACAAAAAGUGUGGGGGAAAAAAAAAAAAUGGAAAAGAAAGGCAAUCGUCACAAAACAUCGCUGGCUAGUAAAUCAGAUGCACAGCGAUUCAUAUUGUGUAGUACUAGUCAGCGGAAAUCUCAGUUAGCCGGUCGAGUUACCUUUGAAUAAACGUGUAAAGAUGGACGCGGCCUCCUGGCACACUCGCUUUGUUCCUGCAGUAACACGAGACGCCAUCAUCUGUGGCAACGUUGUCGUUUGAAUUGAAAUGAUCAUUGACCUGGAAAAUGCCGGUGCGUUCGCCAACACAGCUGUGAACCGGUCAAAACUGCCGCCGACGCAGGACAGGACUGGACAGGACGGGACAGGACGCGAUUGGCUAACGUGAUAUACAAAGUAGGCAAUAAUUCAUCACCCACUAGGCCACGCCCAUUCAAGGCACACACAACGCUACCCUUUUUGCCCAACAUACAGUAAUUACACUUUAAGAAGGUAAAAAGUUGAUUUCUUUACAUUCUCUUUUGUCGUGUUUUAUGUUUUUGUACAAUACAGUUCUAUUUGUCUUUAUUAAAAACACAACAUCAAAUGGUGAUGAUUUGUGGGUCCUUUCAAUGGGGAACGGUGAUUUUGAAUGCAACUUGUAAGUCAAGGUACUGCUGUACUGGACAGAUUCCCUUCAGAUUCCGUGGACCGGCAUCGAGGCCUCGAUUUCACGGUCUCGCUCAUUCUUCGCCGCGCUAAUCGUUCUUUACCAUUCAUCUGCUGCAGAUACGAUGUGAAACCAAACCAAACAAAAAUACUGCUUUGAGGAGCGUUUUCAAUCUGCGCGUUUGUACGAACCGCCUUCACUGGGCUGGUCGCAGCAAGUGGACAAAAGCGUAUUGGGACACAAUCCCAACUUCCGGGAGUUGGAAAAUCUCGCUAAAACCGAGCGAAGAGGCGCGUCUCAAUAUUUGUGUCCAGGUUGCGGAGCGUCAAAGACAUUCUGAGGUGUGAGGACUGCAAGAAUCCGGGCACACCGACGUGAUUUUUUUUUUUUUUUUUUUUAAUAGAACAGAGUUUUUUUCCUAUUUGGACUUUGAAUGUGAAUUCCCAGCAGACACAUCUUGUACACAUUGUAUGUGAAGCGUGUUGUCGGCGACGACGUCCAUGACAAUCCCUGGAAACAUGUACUGUAUCUGUUCAACUGUUAAUACAUUUGAUCAAAAACCGC